GUACUGCCGUUGCCGAAUGUGCAUUGCCGAAGAGACGGUCUGUGCCAGUCUACAUAAAUUCUUUUCGAUUUCAUUAUCAUUAUUACUGACAUAAGAAUUUAAUUAUAUCCACGUUUUUACAUGGAUCGCAAUUCAAUCAAAUUCGCAGUGCCCCGGUCACGAAGGUAAUAUCGGCGCGUGUACGAAGCAUGAUACGGGCGACGGCGGUAUCGCGGAAAAUAAAUCUGAUAAAAAUGACGUGGUGAGAAGAUACGCUUAUCACUUGACGGGAGCGUCGAAGGAAUUACAAGAAAGUAGGAUGGAGGAGAGCACAAGCUCGGAAAAUGUCUGGCACAAGGGCAAGCCCGAGGAGCAGAGUGAGCUGUUUCAAGGAGAGUCCACUACCGCGUCUGUAGAAGCUAACUCUACGUCGUUGGCUGAUAUAUUUGAUACGGCGUUCACGUCAACGGUUGAUCCAUCUCCACAACCUCGGUUUCCUUCAGGUAAUGAAAUGGAAUAUGAGCAUUUAUUUGCGGAAAGUGAUAUUGAAGAAUCAGAUGUAACGGCUAUAGGUCCUUAUACAAAUGCAGCUCAUCCUACUGCUUCCGAGAACAAUUUUGUUUAUGGAAAUUAUUUAGCACAGCAAGAUGCAACUGGUGAUUCGCAGGAGUAUUGGCAGUCUGAUCUCUUGAAUUGCAACAUGUGCCAAAAUAGACAAGAAAGAAACUCUAAAAAAGAUCCUCCGACUCGACAAUUGAAUAAUUCGUGUGAGGAAAGAGUGUGUGAUAAUUACAGGAGAAAAAGAAUUUUGCACGAUCGCGAUCUGACGGUCAAGCAUAAAACUAAAAGGAGUGACGAGCAAAAAUUAUUGAAUGGCCAACAGCCAGAUAGUUUGAGUAUAGCUGGACCAUCUAGAUUGUCAGAUCAUCCUAUUUCUAACAAUAUAACGCGAUCAGUGGAAAACACAGAUGUUUCACAAAAUUUAAGAAGUGAUAAUGCCAAUGAGUCUAAUAGUUUGUUUCAUUCAGUUAUAUCAAAUGUGAUGUCUCUUCAAGAAAUACAUUCAUCUCAAAGUGACGAUACGCCAUCGGCGCCAGAUUUGCAGUUAGAUUGGUCCUCCAGUAGCGAUAGUGAUGAUGAGGAUGGUUCAGUUAAAGUACUUGGAACUGUUAACCAUAAUGCCAAGAAUUCAUUAGAAAAUACAAAUGAAGAUAAUCGUACAGUCACUGUAGUUGACUUAACUGUAGAAUCUGAUGAAGAGCACACAUCAUCUACGCCAACAAAUCCUGUAGUUAAUCCAUGGUCAGCAGAUUAUAAUCAUAGAAAUAAUGCCCACUGCAUGCAUGGAUCACCAGAUUAUUGGAAUCAUAUGCAUAAUAUGCAUAAUAGAGGCACCUAUCACAACCACAGAUUGCCUGUUCAUACAGGUUAUUCAUCUGUAGGAGAUGCAGCUACAGAAGUAACACAAGUAAGACCACGAAUGCAUCCUGUGCAAGAAAGAUUAUGGAUGAAUCAACAACGCAUGCAAGAGGUACAUAGACGAAGACUGUACCAUAGAUCUUCGUCACAUCACACUGCGGGACCAUGUAACGCUCACGUGCAUUCAUCGACGCAACAUACUUGUAGAGAGGGAGGAAACAAUAGUCCUCCAAACACUCGGUGCAAUAAUGGAACAGAUAACGCGCCGUUUACAGAAAGUUAUCUCACAUCUCCUAUUUUACCGCCGCCGCAGCAACCUACUGUUUACAGUCAUCCUGAGGCUCGAGGGCCAGGUUUCUAUAGGGGACCAUGCCCGGUGUUGCCUAUAAUCGUAAAUCCUUUGGAUAAUCAGCCAGUCGACUCGAUAUCUCCUCUAAUGUUACCGAUACAUCAACAUGUACAUCAUCAUAUGUAUCAUUAUGAUCCACAUCAACGAUCGUCGCAACGCAUGCAUCACGUUCACAUUAGUUUCCAUAAUCCCCAUCUGCAAGGAUCUGGAACGCACCAGAUAGUGCCGUUUGCACCGGGUGCAAUGUCGGAAUUUGUAUUGCAAGGAUCACGUCGAUUGGACAAUUAUAUGCGCAUUGUUGAUUUGCGACGUAUGGCUCAUAUAAGUUGUGGGGCUACGCAAGAGUCUAUUGAAAGCCACACAUUCCCUCACAAAUAUAAACGGGUAAAAAAGGUAGAAAAUGGGGAGGAUGCUAUUGAGAAAUGUACAAUAUGUUUAUCUGAAUUUGAAGAUUGCGAACGUGUUAGGAGGCUUCCAUGUAUGCAUUUAUUUCAUAUUGACUGCGUUGAUCGAUGGUUAUGCACCAAUAAACGUUGUCCUAUAUGUCGAGUGGAUAUCGAAACAUUUCUCCAUAAAGAAUUUACUACUUCGGCAUAGUUUAAGGUUUCCCAUAUCUGCCUCUUUUUGAAAUGUAAUCAGGUAACAUGUAUAUGAUAUCAAAUAUUUCAUGAUGGUCCAGCCAGGAAAAAAUGCACUGGGUUACCACUACUAUUACAGAAUAAUAAUAUAAAAAUGUUAUGGAUAAUCAAAAUAACGAAGCGUCAGCUGAGUUCCUCAAGAAGACAAGAAAAGUUGUUGUUCAAUUUUAAUACAUCUAACUAUAGUUGAUUUUAUGCGUCUUGAUAAUGAUAAAUUGAUAAUACUAAAUUCAUUUAUCCAACAUUAAUGGUUUAUUAAUAUUUAAUUUUUAUCUUUUUGUUUAUAAAUAUAUAUAUAAAACGAAAUCUAUAUAUUAUGAGAACGUUUAACAUUAUAUAAUUUCAUGUGGAUAUUACAUAUUUUAGGAUAUGUAAUAUUUAAAAUAUAUGUAUACACAGGGAGUAACUCGAUUUGAUUCUGUAUUGAAUAACUUCUGGUAUACAAGAUAUCUAUACAUAUAAAUUAUAUAUAUUCAGUGUAUUUCAACUUACAAGAGUGUAUUGGAGUUUCUAUUGUAAAUAUUUCAUUGACUGUAUGUAAAUUUUUGUAAUGCUUGUAUUAAAUUUGUGACCUUAACAAAAUUCUAGUAUUACAUGUUAUACUAGCGAUAAUUCAAAAAGUAGCUCUGUUCUAAUUUUGUCCUGUAUAUUGAUAUAACCUUCAUUAUUAGGCUCUUAUUUCAUUCUGAAUAAUAUUACCAUAGAUUUGCAUAUUAGUGAGAUAUUAAUUUGCAUUUGUUACAGGCUGCUAUCGAUUAUCCUCCAUGUGAGAAUAUCGCUAGUGUAUUUUUUUUCAAAUUACUUCAUAUUAUAUUUAUUAAUACGUUAUAUUAUUUAUCUUUUUUUAGGCAUUAUUCUAAUUAAAUUUAAACACAUCGUCAAUUGAAAUAACAUUGAAAAUGAUAUGACAGGCUUUUAUAUUUAAUUAUGAAUUUCUACUGAAUUUCUUCGAUUAUCAUUACCGUUGCUAAGCCAAAGACUUAGCCUAAGUUAUAAGUGUAAACGAAUAUCUGAACUAUAGAACAAUUAAGCAAUUUUAAAUUAAAGAUAAUCGCCAUUGCACCUAUGAAAACUACGAAAAAAAAGUCAUUGUAUAUCGUCAGGCCUUAUAUAUAUUGUCACUCUUGUAUAUACGUUCUGUUACAUAAUAGAAUCAAAAUAAUACUACUGUUCUAUAAUUGUAACGAUUCGUGGUAAAGGCUACUUUUACCACAUUAGUACCUUCACACACAUACACACACACACACACACGCAUAUAUAUAUAUAUAUAUAUACACACACGGUAUGCAAGUUAAUACCGUGUCGUGAAUAAUUUUAUUUUGUUAAUGUGCGAUAAAAAGUAUAUAAUAUAUAAUAGGUAAUACGUAAAAAAAAAUAUAUAUAUAAUAUCAUACUUGCAGAAUUAACCGUUGCUGGUUUGAUAAAAGAAAUGAAUUGAGAAGAGGGAAGUAUUAUAUAUUAUUAUCAAAAAAUUUUUGUGAAAUCCAAGAUUUUGGUGAAGAUCUACUAGAUCUUUACCAGAUUUUUGCUAGAUUAUGAAUUUUAUCGUCUGAACAUAUAAUAACGAUCUUGUGUAAUUAUUUCAUUAUUGACGAACGAUUGUUAUCGCGGAAACAUUUUUACACUGCCAUGUACCAACACUAUCCAUUACAAUUCAGUUAUUAGGAGACAUAUGGAGGAGUAUCUCUUUAACGACCGUUUUAUUUUACACGACAAAUUUUAACGGUUGUUUAAUCGAGUACAUUAGUAAGUUUUAACUAUUAAAUUAAUAUUUCGAAAGUGAUAUGUAAUGCAUCCUGUUUCAAGGAUUGUGAGAACAAAAGAAAAGAUAUAUUUGCCAUAUACAAUCAAGUAGUUAGAUAUAAUUCUCGACUUCUUAUUUUGCGAAAUAAGAACAAGUGGAUAUAUACAUAUAUGUACCUCUAUAUUAAUUAUAAUUACAAGAUAUGUAUAUAUUAUAUAUAUAUAGGAAAACAAUAAUUUUAUAUACUUUCAUAUAAAUAAUAGGAAUUUAUACUGUAUAUAUAAUAAAAUAGGAUGAUAAUGCAAAAUAUUGACUUACUGUUGCAACGCUAGAGUAAACGUUAUACAAAAUACACGACCCUUAAAAAAUGA